AUGGUUACGACAUGUCCUACCACCGGGCAGACCUCAGGUGAACAGGUGGUUCCAUGGACCUUGCCAAACCACGGCAGCAUACCUGAGCCUUCCGCCCCUGGCAAAGCCUCGGAGCUGACGGCCCCCUUGAUGUUCUACGAUCUCUACAAUCAGCUGUGGAAUCUGCGGCAGAAGCAGCAAGAUGUCAACGAAGAGAUGAACGGAAAAGAGAAGCAAAGCUUGGCCUCACAGGCCAAGUUCGACGCCGAAAUCCAACGCCUCACCCAACAACUGAGCAAUGACACCCGUCUACUGGGACUCAGAAUCCAGCAGCUGGAGCAGUCGGCGGAACAGAGGAUCAAGGUCUUGCAGGACCGGAUUGACAUGUAUACUCAGACUGCCUUGUCGUUUGGGGCAAACAUGAGCGACGUGAAAGUUUCUGAGAGCCAGCGUCAGAAUGAGAUGGCUUCUAGCUUGACCAUGGCUCCCAAGCUGGUGAACUCGAGGCACGAAAGACAUGCCAACAUUGAAGGCAACCAGUCUAUGGGCAAGCGGCAAAGGGGGAACGAGCUCUCGAAGGCCCCCGAAUCCGAACACUCACCACCCGGACCCUUCAAGCGUCAGAGAAAAGCUACGUCGAAGGCUGCGAAGCUUGACGAGCCAAAUCGGUCGCGUGAACCUCUCAAACGUCAGAAACAACCGGCUAAGUCUGGUCAACCAUCUCCCACCAACGCUCGCCAGAAGACCGUCAAAAGUCGUUUUGCCGAGUACAGAAGGCUGCAGAAAGCAGCCGAAGAGCAUUACCAGCGAUCGGGGUCCAAGAAUUACGCGACGACUCGAUCCACUCUGUACAGCUUCAUAGAUAGCAUUUCUGACAAGGACAUCUCCACGACACUACAGCAAGCACUCAUCAGAGAGAUGCCUGACAGUUUUCGCGAAGGAAGGUCACAUCGUGCUGGACGCAAUGUUGUCGCUUUCGCCAAGUUCGCCUGGGAAGAUGUGCGCCGAAUCGCCGACUCAAUUGCACCUAACGGCGAAGGCAACUGA